AUGGAUGUCCUUGACCACCGAAUAAUGGCAUACGAUUUCAUAGCCUACUCUGCUGUCGGAUUCUACGUAAUGGUCAUGAUCUGUGUAUGUGCCACACUGCCGAUCAUUUAUAACUACACAUAUUUCGUGAAAUCAUCACUCUACAAGGAAGCGUCAUUGUGUAAGGAGACAACGGAUUCCAUUUGGUAUGAUGUAAGAAAGCUCAAGCAGCUUCAUUUGAGCAACAGAACAACACGUGAAAUUAGCUUCAUGGGGGAAAAUUUUUUGGAAGGAUAUGAAGCCUGUUGUCUCCCAGGACCCCAAGGGGCGCGUGGACCUCCCGGGAAACCAGGAAAAGCCGGAAAAUCGGGAGCUCCUGGUUUACCAGGCGUUCCGGGUUUUCCUCAACAUAUUCCUGCGAUCCUGUAUCAAUUCCACCAUCAGUGUUCAUCUGGACCUAUGGCGCUUCCUGGAACUCCCGGACCGCUUGGAGAUCCUGGUCAGAAAGGGAUACCAGGAUCCCCUGAGAGUUACGGUGCACCUGGCGAAGGUGGUCUAGAAGGGCCUCCUGGGUUGCAAGGGUUGUUCGGGAAUCCUGGAGAGAUAGGAGGUCUUGGAAAAGAUGCUGAAUGA